AUGACUACCAAAUCUCAUCGACUCGCGCGCCUCAUCGGCCCCGCGCUUUUCACAAUCUCGCUGACGGAGUCGUUCAACGCGCAUAUCUGGGCCACAAGCUCCGCGCCGACCAUCUUCCUGAACGGCUCUGUGAUCUUCGUCUCCGGCCUCGCCAUUGUCCAAAAUCACAACGUGUGGUGUCGCUCCUGGCCUGUUCUAGUCACCUUGGCGGGCUGGGGAGGUGUCGCGCUUGGGUUGAUGCGCAUGCUCAUUCCGGAGCGAAUACUGGAGAGUGUGAAAAGAGCAGAGGCAAGGGACGUGAGGAUCGCGGCCACGGUCGUAGCAGCGUUUGGGGCGGUUCUCUCACUCUUUGGAUAUUUUGGACCUUGA